ACAGCAUUAUUGAAACGGCAGAGUCGAUACAUUCGUUCAACAGUUCCUGAAAACGCAGAGAAGGAAGCUCAAAGCUUGUUUGUAACUGAGUGUAUCAAAACCUACAAUUCAGACUGGCAUGUUGUUAACUAUAGAUAUGAAGAUUAUUCAGGAGAGUUUCGACAGCUUCCAAAUAAAGGGACAAAAUCGGAGAAGCUUCCAGUUCAUUUAUAUGAAGUGGAUGAAGAAGCAGAUAAAGAUGAGGAUGCAGCAUCUCUUGGGUCCCAGAAGGGUGGAAUAACAAAACAAGGAUGGCUGUACAAAGGCAACAUGAAUAGUGCAAUCAGUGUGACAAUGAGAUCAUUUAAGAGAAGAUUUUUCCACUUAAUCCAACUUGGUGAUGGAUCCUAUAAUCUCAAUUUCUACAAAGAUGAAAAAAUAUCAAAAGAACCUAAGGGAUCAAUAUUUCUAGAUUCGUGCAUGGGAGUGGUUCAGAACAAUAAAGUCAGGCGUUUUGCAUUUGAACUCAAGAUGCAAGACAAGAGCAGUUACCUUUUAGCUGCAGAUAGUGAACUUGAAAUGGAAGAAUGGAUAAACACUCUGAACAAAAUCCUUCAGCUUAACUUUGAGGCUGCAAUGCAAGAAAAAAGAAAUGGAGAGUCUCAUGAAGAUGAUGAACAAAGCAAAAUGGAAAGCUCAUCAAGUAGUUUUGAUAACUACUAUCCUGAAAUUGCCAAGAGUACCAGAGAAGCAGAAAUCAAGUUGAAAAGUGAAAGCAGAGUUAAACUUUUUACCUUGGAUCCAGAUGCACAGAAACUUGACUUUUCUGGUAUUGAACCAGAUGUGAAGCCAUUUGAAGAGAAAUUUGGAAAAAAAAUUCUUGUGAAGUGUAAUGACUUAUCUUUUAAUUUGCAAAGCUGUGUUGCAGAAAAUGAAGAAGGACCAACGACAAAUGUAGAGCCUUUCUUUGUCACAUUAUCACUCUUUGAUAUUAAAAACAACCGGAAGAUUUCAGCAGAUUUCCAUGUUGAUUUGAACCAUGCCUCAGUAAGGCACAUGAUAUCCAGUGCAUCUCAACAAAUGAUGAAUGGCAGCGGUGACAGCUUACACAGAAUUCAAGACAUUCAUGAAACUGUGUUACAAUAUCCAAAGCAGGGAAUAUUCUCAGUCACGUGUCCUCAUACUGACAUUUUCCUCGUUGCUAGAAUAGAAAAAGUAUUACAGGGAAGUAUUACACACUGUGCUGAACCAUACAUGAAAAGUUCAGAUUCUUCAAAGGUUGCACAGAAAGUUUUGAAGAAUGCGAAGCAGGCAUGCCAGAGAUUAGGUCAAUAUAGAAUGCCUUUCGCCUGGGCAGCGAG